CCAGCAAAGACUGAUGGGAUCCUCGGACUUAGCAGUGCAGCGAUAAGCCUUCCCAAUCAGCUGGCUAUGCACGGGAUUAUUUCCAAUGUUUUCGGCCAUUGUAUCACUAGAGAGCAAGGUGGUGGAGGAUAUAUGUUUCUAGGUGAUAAUUAUGUACCUAGAUGGGGAAUGACAUGGACUUCUAUUCGAAGUGGUCCAGAUAACUUAUAUCACACAGAGGUCCAGAGUGUAAAAUAUGUAGAUCAACAGCUCAGUAUGCGUGAACAGGCAGGAAACUCGGUUCAAGUGAUUUUUGACAGUGGAAGCUCGUAUACAUACCUCCCAGAUGAAAUAUACGAAAACAUUAUUGCAGCUAAUAAAUAUGUCUCCCUGGGUUUUGUCCAAGAUAGUUCAGACCAUACAUUACCUUUAUGCUGGAAAUCUGACUUUCCUGUGAGGUAUCUGGAAGAUGUCAAGCAGUUCUUCAAGCCCUUGAACCUUCAUUUUGGGAAAAAAUGGCUUGUCAUGUCUAAAGCAUUCACUAUUUCUCCUGAGGAUUACUUGGUCAUCAGUGAUAAAGGAAAUGUCUGUCUGGGGCUUCUUAAUGGAACGGAGAUUAAUCACGGGUCAACCAUUGUAGUCGGAGAUGUUUCUCUACGCGGCAAAUUACUUGUGUAUGACAAUCAACGGAGGCAGAUUGGGUGGGCAAAUUCAGACUGCACCAAGCCACAAACACAAAAGGGCUUUCCCUUCUUCCUCUGA